AAUUAUUCUCCUCAGCAGAGUCUCACUCGUCCACCAUCCUCCAGCCGCAGCAGCGGGAGACUAGCGUUCCCAGUCUCUAUGUCCAUCUCUCGCCCAGACACAGCUACCCGUAGCAGGAGUCCCAUCACUUCGAUCAUCCCAGCCCAGCAUUCUUCUGCACUCUCCGCGAGCUGCUGCUCGAUCUGAUUAGACUUGUUGGCACCUCCUCACUGUCUAUCUAUCAGGUCAAUCCAUCCAUCCCUUCCCACCUCCCUCCCUCCCUCCUUCAGGGCCUGACUGCACUUCUCCCGACUCUAUAUAGCCCGAGCAUUUGAGUGGAUACAGGAGGCUCGAGCUCCCAGCACUUGCUCUCUCACAGACUCAGAAACACACGCACAACUAAGAGCAGAGAGAGAGAGAGGGAGAGUCUGAACAAGCUGGUGACGAGAGGGUCGUCGAGGGGAGAUGAACAAUGGGACACGGCCAACAAAUCUACUCCUGUACCUUACGUCCCGUCUAGAGCAGUCGGGAAUUUCCGGAUGCACGAAGCUAAAGAGGACGCUGCGAACUCGUUGAUCGCAUCGCAUCGACGCCGUAAUCCCAGCAUUGCUCUGGAUUGACGAUACUCGUCCGCGAAGCACUCGCUCCGUCCAUGAAGAACAAUAUAUCAAGUACAUUGACGCUCAUGUGAGCCGAGCCGAGCUGAGCUGCGCGACAUGGCCGGCGACUUGACUCAGGGUCAGGAUUAUCACAGAAAUAUGUAGAGGCAGCCGCGGCGCAGACAAUCGUCCAGCCAAUUCCGCUAAUUCAGGGAAGUUCGUGAAUGUAUCGCGUCGUCGGAAGAUCUGCUCGAACUCCAGUCGAGGAUCGUCACGGCGACUGGCUCGGGGGCGUGUCCAAAUUUUACCUGCUGCAGCUGGGCGAGCGAGCUGCCCUGCUGUGUCUGCCCGGGCGACAUUCCGAAUAAAUGCAGGAGACAAGGAGCAUAAGGACCUGUUAGCGUGCCGAGCUCGCGCGAGCUCUGUCCGUCGGCUCGGGGCUGCUGCUGCCAGCAAGCGGAACGAGCUCGGGACUCGAAGAACAAAGCAGCGACAAUGAUCAACGCGCACGAUCUCUACAAUGUCCUCAGCGCGGUGAUACCGCUGUACGUGGCCAUGAUCCUGGCCUACGGGUCGGUGAAAUGGUGGGGGAUUCUGACGCCGGAUCAAUGCGGGGGCAUCAAUCGCUUCGUGGCCGUGUUCGCCGUGCCGCUGCUGUCGUUCAAGUUCAUCGCGCUCAACGAUCCCUACACCAUGAACUACCAGUUCAUCGCAGCAGACGCCAUGUCGAAGAUCGCCAUCCUGAUUCUGCUGGGCCUGUGGGCGCGCUACACCAAGCGCGGCAGCUUCGACUGGAUGAUCACCAUCUUCAUGCUGGCCACGCUGCCGAACACGCUGGUCAUGGGCAUCCCGCUGCUGCGAGCCAUGUACGGGGCCGAGGCCGGGUCGCUGGUGAUUCAGGCCGUCGUGCUGCAGUGCAUCAUCUGGUACACGAUGCUGCUCUUCCUGUACGAGUUCCGCGCGGCCAAGACGCUCAUCAUGGACCAAUUCCCCGAGACGGCCGCGUCGAUCGUCUCGUUCAAGGUCGACUCCGACGUCACGUCGCUGGAUGGGCGCGAGCCCGUGCAGACCGAGGCCGAGGUGGGCGACGACGGCAAGCUGCACGUCAAGGUGCGCAAGUCCGUCUCGUCGUCGCAGGGUAUCUCGUCGCGCCGAUCGCAGGGACUCCUCUCGAUGCCGUCGUCCAAGGCGCUCACGCCGCGCCCCUCCAAUCUGACCGGCGCGGAGAUUUACUCGCUCCACUCCUCCGUCAAUUUGACGCCCCGCGAGUCCAGCUUCAAUCACACUGACUUCUACUCGAUGAUCUCGGGUCGCGGCGGCAGCCCGCGCCAGUCGAAUUUCACGUCCUCCGACGUCUACUCGCUGCACUCGUCGCGCGGCCCCACGCCGCGUACCUCAAACUUCAACGAGGAAAACUCGAAGGACCUGCACAGCUACGCGCGCGGCGCGUCGCCCCGCUUCCCGCCCCCGGUCUACCACGCCUCCGGGCAUGUGUUCGGGCGCAGCCACGCGGGUCUCGGCGGGGGAUUCGACGGCAGCCAUCUGGGCAUCAUGGGCCGCGGCGGCUACCCGGGCAGCAACGUCGGGGUCUACUCGCCCACGCCGUCGCAGAUCACCAAGAAGAUGGCGGACUCCAAGGCCACGACGGCCAAGCUCGAGGACGACGCCGCCAAGGAGCUGCACAUGUUCGUCUGGAGCUCCAGCGCCUCGCCCGUCUCCGAGGCUGGCCUGCACGUCUUCGGCAACCAGGACUUCUCGCAGGACGAGGCCUCGCGCAACAACGAUUUCGACGCCAAGGAGGUCCGCCUGCUCGUCCUCCCUGCGCCCGACAGUGCUGCGCCAGCGCCCGCCGCCGCCCCCCAAACCUCGUCCUCCACCCCCACCCCGAUUACCUCCACUGCCGCUGCUUCCGCUCCGCCCCCAGCUCCUGGCGCUGUUGGCACUGCCCCCGAGCAGCGAGGUGGGACGCCCGAGCUUACGCGCCAGACGUACGAGGAGUACGUGCGCGAGGACUUCAGCUUCGGGAACAGCAAGGGGUUAGGAAAGGACGAAUCCGAGAAGGAUGGGCCGAGUUUGUCGAAGAAAUUCGGAUCGAGCUCGACGACGGAGCUCACGCCGAAGCUCGUCGAUGACCGCAGGAAUCAGAGCAUGCCUCCUUCGAGAGUGAUGAUCCGGCUGAUUUUGGACAUGGUUUUCCGCAAGCUCGUCCGCAAUCCCAACACUUACUCGAGUCUGUUCGGGAUCAUUUGGGCGCUGAUUUCCUUCAAGUGGCAUGUGAAGAUGCCGAAGCUCAUCGACAACUCAAUUAGCAUUCUCUCGGACGCUGGUUUGGGCAUGGCCAUGUUCAGUCUCGGACUCUUUAUGGCGCUUCAAGGACGUCUCAUUGUGUGUGGAUAUUCGGUGGCAGCGAUGUCGAUGGCCAUUCGAUUCGUCACAGGUCCGGCUGCUAUGGCAGCUGCCUCCGUCGCCGUUGGAUUGAAAGGAAGCUUGCUGCAUGCCUCAAUUGUGCAGGCCGCUCUGCCACAAGGAAUCGUGCCGUUUGUUUUCGCGAAGGAGUACAACCUUCACCCGGAUGUUCUCAGCACAUCGGUGAUCUUCGGCAUGAUCAUAUCACUGCCCAUAACGCUUGUGUACUACGUACUUUUGGGCCUGUAAUUUGCCAUGAAGUGUGCCUCAAAGGAGGAUCUUUUAGACAGACUUGGAUUGUUGGAUCAUGAAUUCGAGCUUGAGCAUUUCGGGAGGGCACCCUUCCUUGGCAUUUUUUGAUGAGUUAAUUUUAUCCAAGUAGUAGGCAAGCGGAUUUUAGUUAAACCACCGGGAAAAGAGUAUUUGAACCUUUCUAUUCACUUCCGGUAAUCACCAACACUGCUCCACUGGACUGGAUCUCAACGGAGGAGCCAGACCUUCGGAUUAGACUGGAAAGGGAAACGCAACGUGGAUCUGAUAUAGUACUCCUCUGUAUCGACAUCGCACUGGCGCGGAGACAUAGACUUCCUUCAGAAAUCUUUGCAAAAAAAGAUGGAGGGUGUAUCAACAGGACACGUCCCAGUGUUGGAGAACAGGCAAUUUUUCCAAAAGUGUUAGCCUAUGUGGUGACCUUAACUGAAUGUACACAUCUGUGUGGUAUAGUCGUCUCUCAUCAAUAAAUUUCUCCUUGUGUAUAUUUUGACACAUAAAAUGUCC